AUGGCUGCGGCGCAGGAGGAGCUCCAAGGGCAGCGGCCCCGGGCGCUGCUGUGCGUCGGGUGUUCGCGACGCGGAACAAUUGUCUCCCAUGACUUGAUUUCAUCAGGAGCGCGUCACCAUGCAUUACAGUGUGGACAUAUCUUUUGUGAAUUGUGUUUAUCGGUAACACAGGAGUCAAGUAUAAUAGUGUGUGUUGACUGUGAGGCUGUUACCACUGUAAAUACAAACCAAGGUUUCUACCCAGUGGAUGACUAUGUGGAAGAAGAACUUUAUACAAGAAAACUGCAGGCUGCAAAGCAAAGUCUUCAGACUUUACAGGACAACCCCACCAGAUCAAACAGAGGAAACAAUUAUUUAUGUCAUAUGUUGAAAGAGGACAUCAAUUCAGAAGAGUCGCAAGAAAAUCAUCUUGGCCAUAGUGAAAGAGAUGAAGACUGUGAUCUGUAUGACCUCCUUUCUCCAAAAAUGGAGUUUGAUUUUGAACAAGGAAUUUGCAUUAGAAAUUCACAAGCACUAAAAAGGAGCUACAUCCCAGAUGUCAAAGAGAAAAAUGUUCAGUCUACUUAUUCAGACUACCAUCUGAAUCUCAAACCAGUUUGGAUUACAUCAACAGAAGACAUGGACAAUAAAACUGAACAAGACAUUGAUGAAGCUUUGUGGAUAACUGCUUUUAAUCUUGAGCGUUUAAAAACUGCAGAGAAGAUGCUGGGAUAUUUGGAAUCCAAAGUGAAGCAGGAAGAAGACAGGAUUGUAGACAUUAUAGAUAAAAAGUUUGAUAAUCUUAUUACUUCUCUUCAGUCAAGGAAAAGGAAGUUGCAUGCAGAAUUAGUGAAGAACACAGAUAAUUAUGUGGCCAACAUCAUAAAGGCUAAGCACUACAUUGAAGAGAAGAAAAACAACCUGAAUGGCGCCAUGAGGCUAGCAAAGGAGUUAAAAAUUACACCUUCGUUAAGAACCUGUUGUGAUUUGAAUCAGGUUAUUCAUAACUUAAAGUUGACAGUUGAGGGUGAACUCUCAAGGGUGGAUACUUUGAAGGAAAGAACAUCUCUAAGAUUUCUCAUGAACUGUGAUGAAAUUACCUCUAUGUUCAAAAAUAUAGGGAAGAUUGAAUUGGAAAUACCUACAAAAUGUUGCCCUGGAGAUGAUGGACAAAGCAUUCUCAUGGUCAGUAAUCAGGGAGAAGUAUCAAACUGUGACACUUAUUUGUCGGUAGAAAAGAAUAAAUUUACAACACUUGUAAGAGGUAAUGAAGCAGAGACUCUUAUACAGCAAGAACUUGAUGUGCAUACAGAAGUGAAAAAUGUCCAGCUUUACCAAUUAAUUACAACACCCUCUCAAAAAAGUAUUCUGACUUUACCCCAAACGAUGUCUGGUCCUGAUGUCAUAAUUGAAGAAAUCAUGGAAGAUGACCAGGAAACACAUUCCACAGAAUAUCUUAAAGAUACACAUAGGAAAAAUCUUUCCCAGAAAAAGGUUAUACCUUUUGGACAAAGCGCAGGUUCUCCAGAAUUAGUUUUUGUCAGCCACGUAAUAAACCCAUGCCAUUUCUAUAUUCGGAGAUAUUCACAGAGGAAAACAGCAAUUUUUUUGGAAAAAAAGAUGAGUCACUUUUGUAGUAGUAAGAGUUCAUACCUUAGUCCUUCAGACAUUUUGGAACUAGGUGCAAGGAUCUUUAUCAACAGUAAAGAAAAUGGAAUGUGGUGCCGUGGAACUAUCACUGAGUUGAUUCCUCUGGAAAGUAAAAAUAAGGGAAAACACUGUGGUCCAACAAAAUACAAAAUUUAUGAUGUUGCAGUGAUGCACGUAUUCAUGGAAGACUUUGGGAAUUCUGAAGUUUUAGUUGGUUCAGGGAUUGGUGGUGUCCCUGUGGUGAGGCCAGAACAAGUUGCUCUACAGAACUUAGUGGUAAAUGACUUGUGUAUGUUUAUCAGGAAGCCCGAUCCAUAUAUAGAGGCACAGCUCAGGGAUAUUCCUCCGUUAGCAGUGCAGUGCUCGCUGAAGGACAUAGUUCCCAAAAACUCAAAUGAAGGUUGGAGGGAAGAAGUUAAGACAAAAUUUUUGAGAAUGGUAAAUAACAAAGCUGUUAUAAUGGAAGUAUUCAGAGAAGAGGAUGGUGUGCUCAUUGUAGAUCUGAAGAAACCUCCAGUUAAUAAAAUGAGUGACAUGCCAGUAUCUCUUAAGGAUGCUUUAGUUUUUACAGAGUUAGCAAGGUUUCGAUCACAGCUUCCUAGUCAACCGGAAAAUAUGGCAUUGCAAUAUUGUCCACCCACAUUGCCACAAGAAAUGACAGAAGUCUCCAUUGUCGUUUGUCACAUCAAUAGUCCUAGUGAUUUUUACCUUCAGUUGAUAGAAAGUCUGGACUUUUUAGAUCUCCUGAAGAAAAUUGAGGAAGUAUAUAAAAAUGAUGAUGGAGAAAAUCUGGGAAUUCUUUGUCCUGUUCAAGGCCAAACCUGUGUAGCGAAGUUUGAAGAUGGAGUUUGGUACAGAGCAAAAGUUACUGGACUGCCAGGGCAUCAAGAAGUUGAAGUUAAAUACGUUGACUUUGGCAACACUGCCAAAAUAACUCUUAAAGACAUGCGUAAAAUUAAAGAUGAGUUUUUGAGCCUUCCAGAAAAGGCCAUCAGGAGCAAGCUGGCUCAUAUUGAACCCUAUAAAGGAGGAAAUGAAUGGAGUAGAGAAGCAAAGGAAAGAUUUGAAGAAAUGACUCAAGAUAAAUUUAUGCUGUGCUCAGUCAUUAGUAUAUCACAAGAUAAUGUUCUGUCAGUUGAACUCUUUGACUCCCCAGAUGUUCUUGGAAAAAGAUCCGCUAGUCUGAACAGUCAGCUAGUUAAAGAAGAGCUAGCAUCUUACGUGCUAGGAUACACCAAAAGUAGUGCUACAGAGCACAAUGAAGUAUGGGAUUCUUCUCUAGAAGAAAUUUUUGAAACUGAAACAUUAGAUAUUUUAAACUCUAAAAACAUAAAAUCUCUACAGAACGGGGAUUUACGAUCACUUUCUAACAAAGAACUACAAGUGCGAAUCAGUCAUGUGGUAUCCCCAAAUAAGAUCUUUGUACAAUGGCUGUCAUCAGAAAGGUUACUGAAAAGUUUACAGGAAAAGAUGGCUGCUAUCUAUGAAAAUUCCAAGUUUGAGCAAGUGAAGUGGGAAAAUGAUAUGUACUGUGCUGUUCGUAUAUGUGAUCUGAACCAAUGGCAAAGAGGCAAAAUCAACAGGGUUGUCUCUGAAACCACUGUAGAGGUAGUGUUGUAUGAUUUUGGUACUAAAGAAAUAGUGAACAUCAUUUGUUUAAGAAAACUUGAUGAAAAGCUGAAGCCAAUUGGGACACUAGCACUGGAGUGCUCCCUGGUAGAUAUAAGACCAGCUGGUGGGAGCAAGCAGUGGACAGCAACAGCUUGUGAUUGUAUCUCCUAUUACCUCACUGGAGCUAUAGCAAACAUCAUCAUACAGGAAAAUGAUGGAUCUGAACCACUACCUGUGAAAAUUUUUUGCAAUGAUGAAGCAGGACAGCUUAUUGAUAUUUCUGAAUAUCUUAUGAAAAAGGGUCUGGCUUUCAGAAACAAAAGAACUCAUGAAAUUGAUCUAAGUGAUGCAGAUCCUGAGAAACCUCUUGAAGUUGCUUUGAAGCAAGAGAGUCCAUGCUUAAAUGAGCUGAUUCUAGAAACUGAAUGUACACCAAAGUGUUUAGUGCCAGAGAAAGAAGUUACUCUUUCUGUUAAUGAACCUAAAGAACAUGAGUCAAAGAAACUAGUGCUUAAGUCAAGAAUGGAUGGAGCAUAUAAACCUCCAAUUAUACCUGACAUGAAAGAAUUACAGGCUAUAAUAAACUGUAUUGGAGAUGAUGGAACUAUUUAUAUGGUGCCCAAAUCAUUAGAAAAUGAACUAAACAAAUUGAUGACUGAUAUACAAAAUAACUUCAAAUGUCUUGGUCUUCUGGAACCAUAUUGUUGGAGAAAAGAAGAAGCUUGUGUUGUAAGAGGAUCGGAUACCAUGUGGUAUCGAGGUAAAGUUAUAGAAGUUGGUGGUGGUACAGUCAGGGUGCAGUACGUGGACUAUGGCUACAUUGAGAAGAUCCCUCAGUGUCAUCUCUAUCCAGUCGCGUUGUACGCUGACAUACCUACAUUUUGCAUACCAUGUCAGCUCUAUAAAACAGUGCCAGUUGGAAAUUUUUGGCAGCAGGAUGCUGUAGAACUCCUUCAAGAACUACUGACAAAGAGAGUUGUUGAAAUACAUUUUCUGGAACGUCCAGAUAAUCCAUGGGGCAAAGUAUCUGUUAAUCUUUAUUUUGAUGGGAUGUCACUUUCUUCCUUUAUGGCAUACCACAAAUACUGCAUUUUUGAAGAUUGUCCGGAUAUAUCAAAUCUGGAAAUAAUAAAUUACAGUGAAAAGUGUUUUGAGGAUAAAUGUCAAAUCAGCUAUGAGGAGUUGCUGUUAUCCGAAGCAGGGGCUCCUGUUUUGCCACCAUAUACAAUGCUAACACUACCUAUUCCAGGAGAACUUUUUCCUGUUAGUGUUAAGCACCUUGUGUCACCUAAUAAGAUGUACAUUUGCCUUGAAUCAGCAGAGGGCCUUAACCAGGAGAGCGACACAGAAGAUAGUGGUGUCAGCUGGGAUUUGGAAUCUGAGAGUCUAGAUCAAGUCCUGAAGCAUUGUAAUCAGAAUGUGGAGUCUCUUCCUUUUCUAACAGAUUUUAGAACAGAAAUGCCUUGCCUGGCAGAAUACAGUGAUGGCUUGUGGUAUAGAGCAAAACUACUCUCUAUUAAAGAAUUUGACCCUGUUAAUAUUUUGGUUGAAUUUGUUGACUAUGGAUCAUCUGAAAAAUUACCAACAAGCAGAUUACGUCAGAUUCCUUCUCACCUUAUGCAAUAUCCUGUUCAAGCAGUAAAAGUUCUAUUGGCUGGAUUUAAACCUCCUUUAUAUGAUACAGAAAAAAAGAGAAUUCCAUAUUGCCCUGAAUGGAGCAUGCAAGCAUUAUGGGCCAUGAUGGACUGUCUUCAAGGCAAAAAGCUCUAUGCUUCCACAGUGACUCAGUCUCCAGAGAACACUGUGUUUUUGUAUGAAGAUGAACGAUGCUUAGUUCACAUGAAGCUGGUAGAAAUGGGAUUAGCAGACUUAGAUCAAUGACAUAUGGAUACUAUAUAGAGAGCUUUUGAUGAAGACUACAGUAUCCGAAGAGGAAAGGUGGUUUUUGGUUUUGUUUUUUAAUUUUGUUCUGGCAUGUUAAUUUGCCUCAUCUUGUUCUUUCUACAUACAGUAAUUGUGUGGAAUGCCUGAAAUACUCAGGUGUGGUUUUUUGUUCAGAGCUGUUUUCAUAAA